AUGGAGGACAUUUUCGCUGCUCUCGGGCAAGAGUUGGAGCACGAGGACUGUUCACUCCUCGGGGGUCGUGACUGCGAUGCCGGCACUGCAUUUCUGCAGACGAAGUCAGCAUACCGCUGGACGUCCUUGGGAGCCGAGACAGAAACGGCGCCAAUGGCGCCAAGCUUCUUUCAGAUGGGUGAGGAGGUCACAAGUCAGGUGGGUGUGGUGCAUGGGGCCUCCACUGCAAGCGCCACAUCUGCAACGGUGGGAGAAGUUCAUAUGGAUCGCACGCGGCAGAUGCGGCAAUGGCAGGAGGAUGCCGUGGAGAUCUACACGGACACCCAUGCCACCUCUGCAACUGCCAAGACAGCUGCGACGGUUGUUGCAGCCACGAUUUCAGAAAGCCGAGGAGCAUUAGCCAAAAUGCAGAUCUUUUUGACUGCUUCAGGGCUUUGGUUGGCCGUGCUUUUCUUCCUGGUGGUCCUUGUGGCUACCUGGCUUGGUCGCUGGUGGGCAGCCCCUGCGAAGGCGGAAACCGAAGCGGAAGCUGCAGAGGAGACUGAUGACACCGCCAAGCCCAGCGUGCAGUUCAUCCCUCGCCCGAGCUGCGAAUCGGCUGAGCAGAGGGGCGCGCAGAGCAACGAGCUGCGGCGAUACGUUCAGGAGGCGCAUGGCAUUUCUUCGGAGGAGGACUUAGCGUCGCUCCUCCCCGAGGCUUCGGGCUACGACUGCGCCCUGUCGCGGCCGGCCAGCAGCGGCCAGGCGGUGCGGCUGGCGGUGAGGAUCGAAGGACCCCUGCCAGGUGGUCCACCACCCUUGGGCUUGCUUCGAGCACCCCUAAGUCAACGGAGUUGCGUUUUCUUCUCGGCCGCGGUGGAAGAAAUCCCUGGAAAGGGGGAGAGCUCGCAGUCGCCUUUGCAGAAGAAGGUCGUUGACUCCGUGGAUUUCCAGGUUUCAUUGGUCGGUGCUCCCUCCAUUCGCAUCGACGUCACCGGCUCCGAUCUCACGGUGCUGGAUGCCUUGGAAGACAAUUGGACACCAUCCCAGUCGCUGAAUUCCCUGCCGCGGCCAUGGCGGGAAUUUCUGGAAGUUUCGCAAUCGACCACUGGCAAAUUUCGCUUUAGAGAGGAUGUGCUGCUGGUUGGGUCGGAGGUGGUUCUGUGCGGAGAGUUGCUACGCGACUCACGGGGAAGAUUUUUUCUGCAGCCAUCGAAGGCUCCGAAGGCUGGAUGUGAAAGCUGGCGUACAUCUUGGGAGUGUGAAAGCUCCAAACUGGGGCCAAGCGUCCUUGCGAGCAACGACACGACACUGGCUGAAGAGCCAAAGAUAGACUCCAGCUUCCUUGUUUCCAGCUUUGAGACUGCUGACUUUCCGAUCCCAACUUCUGACCCAUACCCACGUGAAGACAACUGGCCUGUUCUGACAAGGGAGAACCCAAUUCAAGGAAUGUCCGCAUCAAAGUCCUUAGAAAUGUUUGUACGAAUUUCUGCUUCCCAGCAUGCAGGGGCUGACAACACUGACUCCCUACAAGUCUUCGUAGACCCUCAGGCUGCGGUAGUUGGAGUUCCCAUCCUGCAGGAGGGAUUUUGGGAAUGUCCAGUCAACCUCAGAGGACAUGAAGAGUUGUCGUUGCUUUUCAAGCAGCAGUGUCAAACACUGGCAAACAAAGCCAGCGCGCAGCUGCACGAAAUCCAAGAAAAGCACCCGGGGAUCUCUGUCUCGGUGGGCUCCAUUGGUCAUCCUGAAACCUGCAACUGGCCCUGCCGAUUCAUGAAGAGAGCGGCCGGUUGCGUGCACGGGGCGGCCUGCGCCCGAUGCCAUCUUUGUGCUUGGUCCAAAACAUCUUUGAAGAUGCAAGCUGCGUGGAAGAAGGCGCAUUCGGCGGAGGCAGACGGGUCCAAAGCCAUUGUCUCCGUCGGAUCCAUAGGCCACCCGCAGCAAUGCGCCUGGGCCUGUCGCUUCAUGAAACGCUCAGCGGGAUGUCACAACAAGGCGGCCUGCCCUCGGUGCCACCUUUGCACUUGGUCCAAGGCCACCUUGAAGAUGGAAGCAGCUGCCAAACGCCUGCAGCCAAUGGCCAUGCAGAUUGCUUGCAUCCCUGAUGCCCGAGCCCUUCAAUGCGCGGAUGAGUCACUGAAAUCCAACCGAACAUUUUUACUGAAGGCCUUGGCGAAUUGUCCUCAAGCCUUGGACUUUGUCGACAUCUCUGUGAGGUUUGAUCCAGAAUUGGUGAAGAUCGCUUUGGGGCAAGAAUACCGGCCUGUUUCUCCAAAGGAGAGGCCCAGCAGUCCCAAACCAGCCGCCCCUCCCAAGCCCCGGAGCCGCCGCUCCCGGCGCGCGCUGCUGCUGGAUGAGAGGAGGCGGAGAUUGUCCCGAUCUCCCGAUACCAAAUCGGCCAGAGAUCCUUUGAAACCGGGAGUGGAGAACAGUUUGGAGCCCACAUCCAUCCCAGAGCAGUGA